AUGUCAAAUAUUUUUCUGGUGACUUUCAUGUCACUGUUUAUGGUGUCCAAGAUUAUCUUGGCAAAAUUUCUCCACGACCCAUCGGCCAUAACGAUAUGUCCACUAAAACAUGAAAAUGAUUCAGAUUUUGGUUACGCCAUGGGUUAUCAGUCCUUUAGUAAUAAAUUAGUUGUUGGAGCACCCAGUGAAAAUGUACACGGUAGGGUGUAUAUUUGCAACAUGAAAGGUGCAAAUGUAUCUUCUGAAAUAAAGUGCAAGGAGGAAUCAAUUAAUAUCCCAAUACCGGCCAGAGUUGCAAAAACAGUCGCAUUUCGCCUUGGUGCGUCAGUCUCUGCCACUUCAAAACAUUACUUGACCUGCGCUCCACUUUGGACAGGCAGAAUAACUCCAAGAUCUAUACCAGACGUUGUUGGAACAUGUUUUUUUGACGGAAAUAACGAACCUUAUUUAGGAAUUUUUGAACAAACUGUAAAAAACGUAUUAAUGGGGAGAGUGACACACAUAGAUACCAGAAUAUUCGUCGGUGGCAGUGGAUGGACCACAUUAACUGACGAGACUAACGAUCUGUUGGUUGUAGUGAAAUCAUCAUUAAGAGGACAUAUUGCUUAUAGUCCUAUUAGUCAACGAGAGCUUAAAAUGAAUACAAUAGUUUCACAAAACACAACGCUGGAAAUGUGGACAUCAAAACAUUUCAAUCUCGGAUAUGGCAUCACAGCCGGCAAAUUCUUUUCUAAAAAAACCGUGUACGCUUUCAGCUUGGACAUGAAAGACAUGCGUGGUGCUAUAGCGUUUCUAGAUUACGUUCCUCCUCAUUUAUAUUUGAUGGCAUCUGAUCUGGAUACAUAUGCGAUACAGUCUAAGGCAAUUGCUACAAAGUUUGGUUCAGUACUGGCUGCUGCCGAUAUGAACAAUGAUACCUGGGAUGAUCUGUUAAUAGGUGAACCAUUGUAUACAGAAGAAGAUUGCGUUGAUUGUGGUGCUUUGCACGUAUACCUAGGAGGUGAUUUGGACACAAUAGGCAAGAAAAAUUACCUCCAGAUACUAGGAAUAGAUAGUUUCGGUCGCUUAGGUUCUGCCGUUGCCGUAAAUGACUUAGACGGAGAUGGCAUAGCGGAAAUAUCUGUAAGUGCACCUUACGCUGAUAAAGGCUUAGGAGUGGUAUAUAUUAUUUCUGGUUAUGAGGUGAAUCAGAAGCUACAAUUGAAAGAAAAACUACGGCUUCCGCUGUCGGAAUUAAAACAUACACAACGAGUACAGAAGGAAGACUUCCGCAGACUUGGUUUCAGCCUCCAGUUCGUAUCUGACACUGACGACAAUGGAUGUAGUGAACUGGUGGCUGGUGCUCCUGGCCGGGGAGAAGCUGUAUUGCUCAAGUGUGUUCAGGCUAUUGAUAUAUCACUUUCAAGCAAAGUAAAGGGUGGAAAGGACGUUAGAGAACAGGACUUAAAUUUUACAGUCGAAGUGUGUGCAACCGUGACAUAUCCCAAAAAGCCUAAUGAUGUCGACGCACAUAUAAAGCUGACGAGUGACAUAAUUGGCGAAGGGAUACUCAUAACUAAUCCCGAGAUUGAAGUUAAUGUAUCUUGUAGAAAUUGUUCACGCAAUGAUCGACAUCCUUUCUGUAAAGACGUUCUUGUACAACUUAACCACAAGGAACAGGGAGACUACCUAUUUAAAUCAAAAGCGGAGCUAUUAACGGAUCAUAUUUUUAAUAGCACAGUUUUUAACUCAUCCUGGGUAGUUGCUACUCCGAGGAGUACGUUGCAGACUGAGACAAAAAUAUCAAGACACUGUCAAGGUGAUGACUGCAAACCGAAUUUAUUUAUGAAGCUCUUUUGGUCUCGCAGCAAAGAAGACACAUAUACUAUAAGUUCUUCGUCCACGGAGACUGUAAUUAUUGAAGUAUUUAACAAUGGUAGUAGCUCAUAUGAUGCUUGCGUUUGGGUCGAACUAAAUGGAGCCCAGAUGUCACGAGUGUUGGAUAACGAGUGCCGAGAAGACAAGGGUGGGUAUAGAUGCGAUUUGCCAGUACCACUGAGGAGAGACAGCAAGACUAUCAUAAAGCUGUUGCUUAAAAUGGAUAGCAGCAAUGUAUUUAAACAACUGGAUGUAAAAGCGUAUCUUUUUGAAAAGUGCAGUAGUGGCGUCAGCAACAAAGAUCCUGAAGUCUUGGCCAUACCUUACGUCCUAUUGACUAAUGACGUAUCUGUUAGUGGUACUAACCAUGAAAGGCAAUUCCAUGAGCUACAAAAGCAGGAUGAUAAAUCUAAAAUAAUGGACGUCCAAGAGUUUUUGAUUUCUAAUAAUGGAAAAGUAACGUGGAAAAAUAUUUACGCUACAGUUUCAACAGAGAAAACUGUUAACAUAGAAAAGUUUAAGGCAACAUUGGGUACAUUCAUAUGUAAAGAAUUCGAUUCCGCGACAGAAUUUGUUCGCAAAUGCAGUUUAGAUAUUAUGCCGAACACUACUCUCAAAGUAAUUGCUACUACUUAUAUAUUAAGAAAGGAUUUAGAAACUCAUUUAAAAGACAAGAAACUGAAAGUGGAGUAUACCAUACAGUUGCACUUGAUCCCAACAAAAGAUAUUAAAAAAACGAGCAUUUUUAGUGUGUUGAAGUUUGGGACAGAACUUGCAGUUGGUCAAAAUAAGUUGCUCAUCGGUGUAAUUGCCGGCGUCGUUAGCCUUCUGAUGUUAAUUGCGAUCUUCAUAGUUUUAUAUAAGUAUGGAUUCUUUAAGAGAGAAGAGAAAAAGAAACUGCUCGUUCAUAGAGAAAGUAUCCGACAAAGAAGCACUAGACGAAACACUCAUAUUUCUUCUGCCGCGGAUGAACAGGGCGUUGAAGGCAUUACAAAUUUAGAAGCUAAUAGCGACGGUGAUGACGUUUUUGACAAGGAUACUAAGACUAAGACAACAAAUGAUGAUGGUAAACUUAAAACGACAGCUCAAGUGCACUCUUAA